AUGUUGAAUCAUGUCCCAGUAUUCCUUUAUUCCUUUAAUUUGUUCAUCAAAUGCAAUAUAAUUAAAUCAGUCAGCCUUGUAUGUGACCCGAAUUAUUUUCACCACAUCAUCGACAGUAUUAACCGGUUUAACGCAUCCCUUCUACGGAGGAAGAACCAGAGGGGGUUCCUGCGUAGGGGUCACUCGAAUAACGUAUUGAGUCUGUCGGAAGUACAAUCGGAGAGGGAUACUAUCCAAGUUCUUCAAUUCUUAAAAAGGAAUAAGUAUAUAAUAUAUGACAAUGAGAAGGGGAAGUGCAUCACUAACUUGGAUGAGCUGCUGAGCGAUGUGAUGGCAAAAAAGAGGCAAGACCUUGUGGAGGGGGAUCAGAAAGCAUGCAGAACCAUAACUAAUAGGAAAGGUGUUCGUGGAGAAGGGAUAAAUGACAGUGACGAGGUGAAGCCAAGCGAUGUUGACUCCAAUCGGUACAAGCUUAUACGGCUGCUGGAGAGCGGCCGGGAGAGGGUGGACUCCCUUUUGAAUGCGCUGCGGGGGCUGGACUUGUGGGGGGGGGGAGCGCAUAAAGCGGAUGAAGCGGAUAAAGCUGAUAAAGCGGAUGGCGCAGAUGGCGCAGAUGGUGUGGACGGAGGCCACCCCGCUCGCAAUGCACACAUCUCGCACAUCCUGGUGCACGACGGGGCGAGGCCCUUCCUGUCCGAGCUGGACUUCUUCAACCUGAUUUACAUGGCCACGAUAGGGAAAAACACCAUUUUGGGAGCGAGGGCCACGGACACCAUUAAGCGGAUAGGCAGCGAAGAGCAAGGGGAAGGUUGCCCCAGGGUGAAGGCCAACGUGGAUAGGCAGUUCAUAUUUCUGGCACAAACUCCACAGAUAUUCAGCAGCCAAGCGUUGCUACAAGUGUGUACUAAAUUAACUUCAACGAGAGGAGCAGAAGUCCAAGAAAGGAGCAGACCCUUCACCGAUACUUCUUCCCUUUUUGAACAUUUUACAAAAAAAAAGAUAUUCGCUUUGCAGGCAAGGUUCCCCAACUUCAAAAUUACGACCCCGACAGACGUCUUCCUUGCCAUCUUUCUCAUGGGAUACCUUUUUACAAGUUCGCAUGCCGAUGUGGACAUGGGUAUGUUUAAACAGGCGUUUGUGAAUUCUCCUUCUAGUUACGUUCCUUCGAACCAGUUCAACGACCACUUUUUUUACGACUCCCUGAGGGGGAAGCAGCGCGUCCUGUACCACCACUUCUACUACGAGUAG